UUAAUCGAAGAUCUUUGCUCUGCUUAUUUUUACAAACGAAAAUAGAUAAUUUCAUUUCAUACAUUUUGAGGUAUAAGUUCAUUUAGUAUCUUUUUGUUUGAAUAUAAUAAAAAAAAAUCUAUAAGUGAAGAAUGGCGAAACGUGUAAGAUACGAUUCUGUGAGAAAAUACGAAUCAUCAGAAGAUAGUGAGGAUACAAAUGGAUGUAACCAGUCUGAAGAAAGCAGCGACCCGGGUAUAGACAUUCAAAAAUUUAAAUCUAAUCGCAAACCGAAAUGUUUUUCGAAAAAUGCUGAAAUGGCCCGACAGAAUCGUUUGAAGAAAAAAAUUCAUCUUGCAAAACUUGAAAAAAAAGUCGAAAUCCUGAAGAAGGAGAAAAAUGAUCUGACUAACAUUAUUGAUAGACAGUCUACUAUGCUAUAUGAUCUGAAGAAAGAAGUAAGAUAUUUAAAAGGAGUUUUAGCUAAUAGUUCUGAUAUUCGUACAUUAGUGAAAAACAUCCAUGCAACAACUGGAUUGCCUGUUUCAUCAUCAUUGGACAGUUCUUUGAAGGUAGGUACUGAUAGUACCAAUGGGGAGUGUGGAAAUUCAAUAGUUAAGGAAGAAACACUGUUGUCUGAAUCCAGUUGUGUAGGUUUUAAUAAUUUUGGUGAUUAUUUAGGAUCCGAUCACCUGUUUGAUGUUGACAAUGACUUAUUUUCAUACAUGGAAACAGGAGAGUUUGAGCAAAACCUUGAAAAACCUCAACAAGAAUCUCCUACAAUAGAACAUAAUUACACAAGUAAAUUGCUUGAAAAUGAAAGUUAUGGAAUUUGUCUUCAUGUUUGUAAAAACAAGGUUUCUUUGGAGUUAUGUUCAUUAUGUGAAGAGAAUGCAAGAAUGUACUCGACUUGAAACUAAUUUUCAGAGUGGAGAUACUACUGAAUUACUUGGAAGGAUUGCAGUAUUUUCUUUCCAAUGUUUAAUUCAAGGUGUGGUAGCUUUCUUCCUUACUAUAUUGUAACUUCUGAAAUUGUUGAUAGCUUUACUCUUUAUGUCACAACCCAAUUCAGUUAUUCCAAUAUAUUACUUUACGUAAUAAUAAUGUGAUGACUUCAUCUGAAGAGAAUUUUUCAUGGUCUAAAAAACACCAAUUUCAGAAGUUAAAUGAAACACAACCAGUGAAAUGACUUGUUAUUUUGAUGUAAAUUUUGUUUUCAGUCAUUGAUAACAUGAAUGUGAAGAUAUCAGGUUGAGUAUGUUGAAAAUUGUAUCGUUCCUUUUUUUUACUCUGUUGUGCUUUAUAAUCAAAAUUCCUUUUCUUGAUCACAGUUAUGAUUUUUUAAGAAUUAACUGUAGAGCACAGCUAAUAUCCAAUAUGUUUUCAUUAUUUGAUUGAAAAAAUUUACUAAAUACAUUCUAUCUAAGUUUCAGUGCAGAUAGUCAAGGAUCAAAAGGAAUUAGGUGACAGGUAUCAUGUGAUAUUUGAUGAAAUGUUAGUAAGUAAGUUGCUUUGGUGAUAAAGAAUGUUUCUGUACAAUACCAUACAAAAUUUUGCUGGGUCAACAUUAUUAUGGUUAUCGUAUAUGUAUAAGUAUUUAGGUAUUAGGACAUAUUAGAUAUUCUUCAUGGAUAGAUGUACCACCAUAUUCAAUUCAUAAACUUUUUGAAUAUGAACUUGCUACAGAAUUCGCCUAGAAGAGGAACAUCUGAAAUAUUGAAGAAAUUUUCUGCAUACCUUAUUCUGAGCACUGUAUUAUUUUGUUCCAAAUAAAUUAUAUUUUUUU